AUGGGUUCCUCCUCGUACGCCCCUCUACCACUCACGGAACCCGGUAUAUCGUUCAACCUCAGGAUGGGCCACCCUCCCAGACCCGAUUCUCCCACAAAUGAUUCUCCCAUUGAUGAACACGACGGAGAACACACAGAACAGCCAGCCAGGCUCUCAAGCUCGAGAUUGGCACAAUUCCGAGCCACCUACCAUGGGGCUCUCGUGUUCAAUCUUGCUGCCUUCUUGAUCCCAGCUGUCUACGGGACUCUUUCGAAAAUGUGGAUUGCUAACAUCGACUCGUCCCUCGUUUCCACAGUUGAUGCUUAUACCUAUUUCUCUUGUGUCAUUGAGGUCUUGAACGAGGGUCUUCCGCGAGCAGCAUGGUCGACGAUUGGGAGCGGAGACACGACCCGGGACUCAGCGACCCAGCUCCUAGAGAGGCUUUCUCUAACAUACACCCUCAUAUCUGUCCAGUCUCUAUGCGGCCUCAUCCUCUCAAUCAUCUUCCUCUUCGCCGCUCCUGGGUUCGUGGGCGCUUAUGUGCCUGGCCCGACACGUGCUACAUCCGUCAAAUACAUCCGUAUCCUCGCGUUCGACUCCCUGGCAAGUACGCUCAAUACUGCUGUAAGCUUGGGCACACGCGCUUUGGAUAAACCUGACGUACCACUGUUGAUGUCCUCUGUGCAAACUUUAAUCCAGAUUUUUCUCGAGCUUGCAUUGGUAUCUACUGUUCAUGUCAGAGGGUUUACACCCACUAUACAUACUGUCGCUACCAUCAAGCUCGUCUGCGACCUUAUAGGUGCUGUAGCCGGUCUAGUCUACUUCCUCUAUCUGGUUAGAAGGGCAGCCGUUCGCCAUACUAUCGAUACGCGAAGCCUGAGGUGGUUUGACUUCCCUUCGCUCAAGAAGUUGGUACUUCCAGGAAGAUGGACUUUCACGGAGAGCGCCAUACGAAAUGCGAUAUAUUUAUGGCAGAUCCACGGCAUCGUCGAGAUGGGUCAAGUAUAUGCUACUGCCUGGGGUGUGUUCAACACCAUCCGAUGGGGGCUCAUCAUGGUCCCAGUCAACGCACUCGAGGCGACGUCGAAUGCGUUCGUCGGACACAGGUGGGGUGUUUACCAACAGGCAAAACAUCCUACCUCGCGAGCGUCGUGGUCUGACAUCAAAUUCAUAACUAUACCAGCACUGCGCUCCGUGGCCAUAGCGCUCCUCAUCGAAGUCCCACUGUUUGUAGCACUCUCUAUCCGUGGCGCCAAGCCGUUCGCGCGCUACCUCUCCAACUCGGACGAGGCGGCGGAAAUCACGGCGAUGAUGUGGAAGAGCAUCGACUGGUGCUACAUCUGCUACGCCGUGUCGACGCAGCUUGCCACUAUUUUAUUGGCGACGCAGACGAGGUGGUACCUCUACCAAAGCCUCGUUUCCAACAUAUUUUACGCCCUUCCAUGGGCAAUUGCCUUGCCGCGCAUUGGCAUCACUCCAGAGACGGCGUGGACGUACCAUAAAUGGGUCUUCGGAGGAAGUCUUGUCGUCAGUCUUGGAAUCAUCAUUGCAGUAGAUGGCCUCUGGAUUAUGAAGCUACGUUGA